AUGUCCUCGAAAGACUCCUCCUCCGCGUUGGAGGAAGGCAUCAACGGCACAGGCACGACACAUCACGACGACAGCAAAAAAGCAGACGAAGAAGAAGAAGCUAAACCGCAGCGUCUGCCCUUCCCCCAAUGGCUCGUCGAACACAUGUCAUGGUCAUGGUUCACGUGUCCGCAGUCGACGGGGGGGAUUGCCGUCGUGCUCUCCGAAUGCCCCAAACAAUUCCACGGCUUGGAAACGAUCGGGAAGAUCAUCUUCAUUUUCAACCUCGUCGUCUUUGUGACGUUUACGGCAUUCAUGUUGAUUCGAUGGGUGAAGGAUCCGAGGAAAGUGAGAGAGUGCUUCACGAAAGCGCCGGAGUGUUAUUUCUUUGGGUCGUUUUGGCUCUCUUUCGCCACCACAAUCCUCAACACCCAACGCUACGGCAUCCCUUACUGCGGACCGUGGCUCAUCGUCACCGUCCGAGUCCUCUUCUGGUUCUACGUCGCCAACUCCUUCCUCACAACCAACCUGCACAUCGUGUGGAUCGCGAAGCACACGCCCUUCAAAGCCCUCGAGUUCCAGCCGCCGAUGUUUAUUCUGGUCUUGAAUGCUAUGUUGACCGGAACGGUCGCGGCGGCGGUGAGUGAGACGCAGCCGCCGAGGCAGAGGGUGCCGAUCAUGGUCGCAGGCGUGGCCUACCAAGGCCUCGGGUGGAUCGUGUGUAUGAUCUUCCUCACGCUCCUCAUGGCGAAUCUCCUCGAAAACGGCUGGCCAGCGCCGAAUUUACGACCCGGCCUCUUCAUCAUGUCCGGCACAUCGGGCUUCACCAUCACGGCCCUCAUCGGCAUCGCGCGCGCGGCGCCCAAAAACUACGGCUACUUCGCCACGCACCCCUCCGCACCGGAAGUCCUGCUAAUCGUCGCGACGUGGGUGGGCGUGUUCAUGUGGGUGUUUACGUUCUGGGUGUUUGGGCUGGCGUUCUGGAUUAAUGUUGCGGAGCUUUUGGUCAGGAGGGAGGAUGGGAAGGGGUGGAGGGUGAAUGUGGCGUUUACGAAUGUGGCUUGGGCUAUGAUUUUCCCGAAUGUUGGGUGGACGUUGAGUACGAUCUAUCUGGGACAGGAGCUGGAGAGUGAAGGGGUGAUCUGGGUGUCGGUGGCGAUGGUCAUUCUUCUGGUCGCUUUUUGGUUGCUUGAUCUAGCCUUGAUGGCGAAGACGUUUUGUCUGUCUGUGUUCAAGGACUCGCGGAUCAAGAUGGGAUAG